AUGAUCGCCACCUUCCUCCUCCUCCUAUUCAUCACCGGUGCCGGAGCAGACAACGGUGGAAGUACUCCAACUGCCGCCCAAUUCUUGGGACCCCAAAAUGUGGCCAGGGCGGCGUUGAGAUUGCCGCCACUGACGUGGAGCAAUAAACUACAGCAGUACGCCGAAGCGUACGCUAACCGGAGAAAAGGCGACUGCGCCUUGAUCCAUUCCCCCGAAAAUACUUACGGAGAAAAUAUCUUCUGGGGGAGUGGUACUGACUGGAGCCCGGCUCAGGCAGUCGAGUUGUGGCUGUCGGAGAAACAGUACUAUAAUUACUUCUCGAAUUCAUGCGAGCAAGGGCAGGAAUGCGGGCAUUAUACACAGAUUGUGUGGCGGAACACGAAACAGGUGGGUUGUGCACGGGUGGUUUGUAAUGGAGGGAAAGGUGUUUUCAUGACUUGUAAUUAUGACCCGCCUGGAAAUUAUAUUGGAGAGAAACCUUAUUGAUCCAUUUAUAUAUAUUUUACUAUAU